AGAUGGGGGUUACAGGAUGAAAAGAGAAAGGAAGAGAAUGGAGUCCGUGGGGAGGAGGAUGGACUGGGGAUUGGUCGGUAGUGAAAUGAUUUGCAAAGAUCCAAUUUUGUCACACUAAAGUUUAUUUAAAUGGAUGGUUUUUAUAUAUUUAUUUUUUUUAAAAAAAAUUCAUUUGAUAUGUGUUGACAUUUGAAAUAUUUUAAAAGAUAAAAAUCUUUCCACUGAUUUGAUAUUAGCUUUCCCAUUAAUUUAUGGGCAACAAUUUUUGUUUGUUUUACAAUUGGAAAUCGGCUUUAUUCCCAUUGUUUGUUUAUGAGACAAGAAUUGAGUUUGACAAAAUGUAUCACUGAAGCAACGCAAAUGUCACAAGAAAGUUUCGAGGAAAACAAUUCCAAAGCCGGCAUGGCAUUGGCAUUGGCAUUGGCAAUGGCACUACUCUCUCUGUAUUCUAGAAGGCAACAACAAACCAGUUUUGCUAUGGCAUCCAAGUGGAGCACCCAAGACUUCUUCUACUCAACAACCACACUCCUCUAAAUCCGGCAAUUUCUUGGACUAUCUCUCAUGUCUUUUUCUCAAUUCUCAUCAUCAAUUACAGUGAUUCCCUUCUCUCUCAUCUCCUUGUCAGACCAGUACUCUGGGUUUCUCUCUUCUCAUCAAUCCCUCAAAAUAUUCUCCCCUUUUUCCAUUUAAUUGCUUUUUCACAAACCCAUCAAGUUCUCUCAACAUCAUUUUCUUAUUAUAUUGAUCUUAGUUUUUCAUAUAUAAUUAUGUAACUAUCUGACACAGGAAAACCCAUUUGUAGAUUCCAUUGAAUUGUUUUUGGACUUGUAAUUCUUGUUUACUUCCAUUGUUUAAUUGAAGUUUGUGAUAUUAUAUAUAUAUAUAUAGAUAUCUUGUUUUCUGAGGAAACUGAGAGAAAUUUGAAGAUUACGUGUUCGGGAUAUUGUCUAGCUGAUUAGUAGGUUCUUCAAAGAUUAAAAAAGAAAAAAGAAAGGAACAUUAGUGUAUAUAUUUAAAGAUUAUUAAUAAACAUUUUCAGUUUUAUUUCGUAAAAAUGUGGUUUGUUUUAACUCAAAACGAAAUGUUUUUGGUGGGUUUAGUGAUUUUGACCUUUCUUGCACGUUCUGGCCAUUGUUUCCGUGGGAAUGCUAUGUCAUGCAAUGUAUCUUUGACGGAAUCAUGUCCUGCUUUGCUAUACUAUGUUCCUAAAAUUCCGAGAACCCUUGAAGAGACAACUUCCUUAUUUCAUGUUAAUUCUAGUUCAGUGAAUAGAACUGUCGAUGGUUUUUCCAUUGCAGUAGAUUGCAGUUGCCCUGCGGGUCACAGUGAGUUCACUUGGCACACAGACUAUAUGGUCCAACAUGGGGAUACAUGGGAGAGCAUUUUGGAAAAGUUUGCAUCAUUUGUGGUGGAGAAGCCUGAUAAAACUUUGAUUGAAUCACAAACUAUAUCUUUAGAUCUUGUAUGUGGCUGUUCUAAGGGUGUGGAGGUAGUAAGCUACAGAGUUGAAAGUGGGGAUACACUUUUUACAAUUUGUUCUCGUUUUAAUACAGUGGUAAAUAAGACUGCAGAGUUGAAUAAGUUGGACAACCCAAGGCUUAUUUAUGCUGGAGAUGUAAUUUUCAUCCCCGAAUCAGGAGGCCUAAAAAACCUUAUCUUGGUUGAUGAUAAUGGUCUUAAGGUCAAAAGCAAAUUUAAAUAUCCAAUCGAUGUCAUUGUUGGAGUUUUUCUGGCUGUUGUCACUGUUGUGCCAUUUUUGGUCUUUAUUAUUUUCUGGAGAUAUCACUAUAAGCGGAAGGGACUUCGACAAUCAAAAGGGUCUACAAGGGAAUUAAAAUUCUCACCUUGCAAUUUUAAUUCAUUAAAUUCCCCUACAAAAUGUGGAGAAACCAUUGUAGCCUCUUUUAAUUCUGAUAAAGCAACUGUUUUCCCGUACAAUGAAGUUUGUGAUGCGACUUUAAACUUAAGUAUGUCUUUAAAGAUUGGUCAAGGAUCAUAUGGAUCUGUUUACCUGGGAAAAUUAAGAGGAGAUGAUGUGGCCAUCAAACAGAUGAAUAACACAAAGUCUAAGGAGUUCAUGUCAGAGCUCAAUAUUCUUUGCAGAGUUCAUCAUACAAACUUGAUCAAGCUUAUUGGAUAUGCUGCCGGCGGAGACUCCUUGUUUCUUGUAUAUGAAUUAGCCCAAAAUGGUGCAUUAAGCGAUCAUCUUCACAAUCCCACUGUAAGAGGUUUUAAACCUCUUCCUUGGACCAUGAGAGUUCAGAUUGCUCUAGAUGCUGCAAAAGGUCUUGAGUAUAUACAUCUUUAUACCAAGCCAUACUACAUCCAUCGAGAUGUGAAGUCGAGCAACAUUCUUUUAGAUUCUGCUUUUCAUGCAAAGAUUGCAGAUUUUGGACUGGUUAAACUACUAGAGCAUGCACCAGAUGCUGAUACUGCAGCAUCUAGAAUUGUUGGAACAUUUGGUUAUCUUGCUCCUGAAUAUGUUCGAGACGGGCGUAUUACCACUAAGAGCGAUGUUUAUUCUUUUGGAGUUGUUCUUAUGGAACUACUGACUGGCCAACCAGCACUUAGCAGAGAUGCAAGUCCCGGAAACAUUCAAUACGUAGAACACCGUUCUCUGGUGGAAUAUAUGCUAUCAGUUUUGGAGAACAAUGAUCCCUUUACUGAGCUGAGUCAAUGCAUUGAUCCAACUCUCACCCACUACCACAAAGACUCGCUUCUGCAGAUGGCGCUCUUGUCGAAGGACUGUGUAGAUGAUGAUUGGAAUCGACGUCCAGACAUGUGCGAAGUAGUGCUCCGCCUCUCUCACACCGUUUUGUGCUCAAAACAGUGGGAGAAAACAGACUGCAAUUCCUCAAAAUGCUGACAUUUUUCUUUUCUUUCUGUUUUUUCGUUCAAAACCGCUACAUUUUAAUUUGAUGCGGUUCCCUUAGCCAUUUUUUCAUCUCUAUUGCAAUGUUUCGUGAUGAAAGGUACUGAUUUUGUCGAAUGGAAAGUAAUUGUUCAUGCUUCUAAACUCUUUUUUUUGGGGGGAGGAGGUUUGGUAGAUUUUCUUGGAAUGACAUUUUUUCAUAGGUCAAUUGAGGUUGUUCAACCAAUAGGUCACUUAGUU